UCAACAAUAUAUGAGCGUGUCAUUCAAGUUGGUGAAGGUACUUAUGGGAAAGUUUACAAGGCUAAAAACAUCAUCACAAGUGAAUUUGUUGCUUUGAAAAGAUUGAGAAUGGAAUCUGAGAGAGAAGGUUUCCCCAUAACUGCAAUGAGAGAAAUAAGAUUGCUUCAAUCUUUCGAUCAUCCAAAUAUUGUGAAACUGUUGGAAAUAAUGGUUGAACAAAAGCAAAUUUAUAUGAUUUUUGAUUAUGCUGAUCAUGACUUGACAGGUAUAUUAUCAAACCCAGAUAUAAAAUUAUCAGAUGCCAAUUGUAAAUAUUUUUUCAAGCAGUUAUUGGAAGGUAUAAAUUACCUACAUUCUAAAAAAGUCAUUCACCGUGAUAUAAAAGGUUCAAACUUAUUGAUUGAUAGAAGAGGCGUAUUGAAAGUUGCUGAUUUUGGUUUAGCAAGAAAAAUGAAAAAGACAAAACCUUCACAAUCUCCUGAUUAUACAAAUAGAGUCAUAACUUUAUGGUACAGACCCCCUGAAUUAUUAUUAGGGACAACUGAUUACGGAAGAGAAGUUGAUAUGUGGGGGAUCGGUUGUUUACUUGUGGAGAUUUUCACAAAGAAAGCCAUUUUCCAAGCACAAGAUGAAAUUCAACAAUUACAUGUCAUUUUUGAAAUAAUGGGUACACCAUCAUUUGAAGAAUGGCCCAAAAUUGAUAAUCUACCAUGGUAUGAACUGGUUAAACCAAAAGAUUUUUAUAAUUCAACAUUUAAAGGGCUGUAUGGGUCUGUAUUAUCAAAGCAAUGUUUUGAUUUAGCAUUACAACUGUUAAAAUAUGAUCCUUCCAAAAGAAUAACAGCAAAAGAUGCUUUGAAACAUGAAUAUUUCAAAGAAUCUCCAGAACCUGCUGCUUUAGAUGAUGGUGCAUUGAAUGGUGAAUGGCAUGAAUUUGAGGCAAAGAAGAAGAGAAGAAAAGAAAGAGAAGAACGUAAAUUAGAGGAGAAGAAACGUAAAGAAGGCUUAAAAAGACAA